AUGUCUUCACACGUCGUAGUCAUCGCCACCGACCUGCGGCGCACCACGAUCAAAGUCUCACCCGGAACCUACCUCAUCGACGUGCUCCAAGAAGCCUGCAAGAAGCUCAACCUCACCAGCGAUAAAUAUCUCCUCAGACACAAGCAAAAACAGGUCGAUCUCUCCGUUCCCCUGCGCGCCUCGGGCCUUCUCCCCGGCGCCAAGCUCGAGCUCGUCCAGAAAUCAAACACUCCCUCUGCCGUCCAGAUCGCUCUGCAGAUCCCACAGCCCGAGGCAAAGGAGAUUCCUGGCGGGCGGCUGAUUCGCAAGUUCCCCUCAGACCUGACGCUAUGGAAGGUGCUGCGCCAGUUUGAGAGCGGCGAAGCGAGCGGCGGUAGGAACGUCAACAUUACGGCGCGUGGCGUGGCGGGCGGCUUGGAGGAUGGCCGUGGCAGCGGGCAACUGUACUACGAGACGCCGGUGCUGAAUAUUAUGGGGAGGGAGUUAUCGACUUUUGCCGACUUUCAGAAGACGCUCUCCCAGCUGGGUCACAACUCGGGAAAUGUCUUGAUACGGCUUUCCUACAGAACGACGCAGCAGACCCUGUUCGAAGCCAUGGAGCAGAUCAGCCAGUUCUUCAAGGAGGCCGGGGGAGAACAUGACAAGGUGGACGACUCGACGCCGGACAGCAAGCCCAAGGACGAGACCGCAGCGCAAUCUCAGGACACAGCCAUGGCCGACGCUGCGCCAGCACCUCCAAACACCUCUCCCGAAGCCCGAAAACCUCCCGCACAGCAGCCGCCCACGGUUGCAGUCACCCAACAGUCACACCAAGAAGCCGUUUCCAGCGACGAACCGACCACGUCCAGAGACCCUUACCAGCCCGUCAACGUCUUCCUCGCCCCGACCGGGUCCACCCCCGCCGCCGCCCUCGCGCCAGCCGAUGAAGAAGACUUUGCGCCGACAGCCGCACACGCGCAACUGCACCAGGCCCGUCUGCUCGAGUCGUCGCGCAACAAGCGCCUGCCAUCCGACAAGGAGCUCGAGGACAAAGCCGCGGCCGAGGCGGCCCGCAUCGCGGCCAUCAAGUCCGUCCUCGUCAAGGUGCGCUUCCCCGACAACACCAGCAGCGAGUGGCAGAUCGGCCCGCAAGAGACGGGAGCGUUUUUGUACGAGGCGGUGCGGCAGGUCAUGGCCAGUCGCAGCCAUGCGUUCCGCCUCGUCCUCCCUGGCGGCAAGACGGCCAUACAGGACGACGGCGGGCCCAGACACAGCAUCAUCAAGGGCUACAAGUUCUCGGGCCGCGUGCUCGUGAAUCUCGUCUGGGACGACGACGUGCCCCUAGAGGCCCGCCAGCAGCCCUUCCUCAAGGCAAAUGUGGCGCAGAGAGGUCAGGCCGUCAGGAUCCCUGAGCUGCCUAGCACCCAGGACGAUGGCGAGCCGGCGCCGUCCCUGCAGCCGCAGCCUCCCCGGGUCGACAGGGGCGAGGGCAAAGGAGACGGAGGGGGCAAGAAGAUGCCCAAGUGGUUCAAGCUGGGCAAGAAGUGA